CCUGUCCAGGCUGCAGAGCCGAUAGUCGAGCUGUGGAUGAGGGGGCAGGACAGAAGUUUCUCUCCAACGCGCCGAGAAUAUCAACCGAACCUUGAAGUUAUUAUUGAUUACUGUGGACACAACCACGGCGGGCCGGGUUUAUUCUCUACGGGAUUAGACCCGUUAAGAAGUGAGUCUAGUGUGUGGCUCCCGCUAGCCUGGUGCUAGCCUGGCGCUAGCUGUGGUUCUUCGGUAUGUUGGGCUGCCUGGUGGCGGGCCGGCUGGUCCAGACCGACCCGCUCAGGGUCGCUGGGGAUAAGUUCGUGUUCAACCUAGCGGACUACGAGAGUGUGAACCAUGUGGUGGUGUUCCUGUUGGGUACGGAGCCCUUCCCGGCCGGAAUGGGGGGCGCCGUGUACUUCUCGUUCCCUGACCCGGCGGCUGGGGGACAGGUGUGGCAGCUGCUCGGCUUCAUCACCAACGAGAAGCCGAGCGCCAUCUUCAAGAUCUCCGGCCUGAAGGCGGGAGAGGCAGGAGGCACGCACCCCUUCGGGACGAUGGGGGCCGCCUCCCCGGCCAUCUCCAUGGCCCAGGUCGGGGUGUCCGUGGAGUUGCUGGACCAGCUAGCCCAGCAGACCCCGGUGUCGGCCGCCACCGUGUCCACCGUGGACCCCUUCAUGCAGUUCACGCAGAAGAUGCUGGACAGUUUGUACAACUUUGCGUGUUCGUUCUCCGUCACCCAGGCCCAGAUGACCCCCAGCCCCAGCGAGACCUUCAUCCCGUCCAGCUGCAUCCUCCGCUGGUACGAGAACUUCCAGCGACGGCUGGCCCAGAACCCCACCUUCUGGAAGAGCUGAACGACCCCAAGCGCCCGGAGCAGGACGGGGUCGCCGACCCGCUCCUGGGGGGUCCUUGUUGCCAAAGCAGAGCCGCUGCAUGAUGAUGCCCUUAACCAGACCUAAACAUAUUUAUUUAAAGGGUUUUAACUUUGCUAUCUAGUUGCUAAGCUCUUCACUCUCCGCAGCACAUAUUCGGCUCGGAUUUAAAUAAUAAAAGUAUAUUAACAAGGUUCUAGUCCUUGAAUGCUUCUUUGGUGAAGUGUGUAAUAGUGAUGUAUUCAUCUGCCGUGCUCCAUAUAUAUAUCUCAUGAGGCAGCCCUACUUUACAGACAGGCCUACCUGCGAUGUUUACAUCAGUUCAAACACAGUGUCAGACCUCUUACUUGUCAUAAACGUAUAUUUUGCCAUGGUUCAAUAUAACUACGAAAUCGUAUCAUCAGGAUAGUGCAAUUGGUAUAUUAUUUGAAUUAAAUAAAGUAAACAUCAUACCAU